CUUCUUGCUGCAGCCGGCCUUGCGGAAUGGCGUCCGACGAGUCCUGAUAGGUACUCAGCGCACUAUACAGCACUACAUACCCAAACUCUGCUGUAUGCUCAGGCGCAGCCUAGACGCUAAUACCGCACAUGUCGCCCGGGCGUACGCACCCCGCCUCGCAAACCCAUCGCACUUCUCCACACUUACUUACGUUACCCAUCUUUCCCAAUCCGGAACCUCUACACCGCCAUCACCAUCACCAUGACCAACCAUCAAACAUUGCUGUAUCUCAGCACGGGGCAGCAGCGUAUAACCAAGCACAUUCUUCAACAUCUCCGCAUAUCCACGCCCAUCGCAGAACCCCACCACCAAAUCCCCCCAUUCCCCACAUUCCCCGACCCUCCAAUCGCAACUUCCUCUUCGGUCCGACGAGGCUGCCCGUGGGAAUCCCGAUGGAUCUACUCUACAAUCGACUUGGCGAAGGGGGCUGUGCAAAUACACUGCAUGUGAAUUAUUCCAAUUCUGCGAGGCUAGAGAUCAUGAACUGUACGGAGUAGUGUGUACAGAACCCGAGAUGCACUUCCGUGGAAAAUGCCGAGUAUACGCUUUUUCGAAUUGGAAUUUGGAAUUGGGCCGGAGGAGUGAAGUGGGUACGCGUGGAUGCGGAUGCGCAUACGGAUGUGGAUGUGCGUGGUGAGAUGAGAUGGGAUGAGAUGAGAUGAGAUGAGAUGAUGCGGGCUGUACUCUGUUAAUCGGUACCCCACCUCGAUACCUACAUACCUAGGUAGUACGACGCCAGACAUACGCACCUGGGCACUAAGCAAUAGGCACUACGCGAGGAAGGCCCGCGUACGCGUAUGAGGAGGGGCCCAGCAGUGAGCAACGAGA